UCUAGUUCAUGUCUGCCCUCGAUUCAACUCUGCCUUGGCGGGAAAAGCCCUCGAAUCACGGUCACAAAACCCCCAAUUUCGAACGCAGCCAAACAAUACCAAACUUUCUCCACUUACCCGUCGCCGCCAUGUCUGGGGGAGGCCGUAUAAUAAACGUCCUUAACGUGGCAGAGAAGCCGUCAGUGGCGAAGUCGGUGGCCGGAAUCCUUUCUCGAAACCACGGUCUGCGAGUGCGCGAGGGACGGUCACGCUACAACAAGAUAUUCGAGUUCAGUUACGCGAUUCGUGGACAGUCCUGUCACAUGCUUAUGACGUCCGUUACUGGACACCUCAUGGAACUUGAGUUCGAGGAUCGUUAUCGUAAAUGGCACUCUUGUGACCCCGUCGAUCUCUACGAAGCCCCCGUACGGAAAUUCGUCCCCGAGGACAAGAAGGAUAUCAAGAGGACAUUGGAGGAGGAAGCAAGGAGGUGUAAGUGGCUAGUUUUAUGGCUUGAUUGUGAUAGAGAAGGAGAAAACAUAGCAUUUGAGGUGAUUGACGUUUGUAGAGCAGUGAAUUCUCAUCUUGUUAUACGAAGGGCUCGGUUCUCUGCAUUGAUUGACAGGGAAAUCCAUCAGGCAGUGCAGAAUCUUGUUGAUCCUAAUGAGUGGUUUUCUGAUGCUGUGGAUGCUAGGCAAGAAAUCGAUCUCCGGAUUGGUGCUUCUUUUACCAGGUUCCAGACUAUGCUUUUGAAAGAUAAGUUUCAUAUUGAUUUAGCUACUGAUGACAAAAAUCUUGUUUUGAGUUAUGGUCCUUGUCAGUUUCCGACACUUGGUUUUGUUGUGGAACGCUAUUGGGAGAUACAAUCACAUGAACCAGAAGAGUUUUGGACAAUCAAUUGUUCUCAUAAAUCAGAUGAAGGCGUUGCUUCUUUCAAUUGGAUGCGUGGACAUCUAUUUGAUUAUACUUGUGUAGUCAUAAUUUAUGAAAUGUGUGUUCGAGAGUCUACUGCCAUUGUCACAAAUGUUAGGCAACAGGAGAAGUUGAAGUAUCCUCCGUACCCUUUGAGUACUAUUGAACUAGAGAAACGUGCUUCAAGAUACUUUCGGAUGAGUUCUGAACACACCAUGAAGGUGGCUGAAGAUUUAUAUCAAGCUGGUUUUAUUAGCUAUCCUCGUACAGAGACUGAUGGCUUUUCUAGUAGGACUGAUUUGCAUACAAUUGUGCAAGAACAACAAGGGCAUCCUCUGUGGGGAUCGUAUGCUCAACGCUUGUUGGACCCUGAGGCAGGUCUAUGGAGAAAUCCUGGUAGUGGUGGACAUGAUGACAAAGCCCAUCCACCCAUUCACCCAACAAAAUUUUCUGCUGGGGAAUCUGGUUGGAGUCAAGAUCACCAUAGAUUGUAUGAAUUGGUUGUUCGCCAUUUUCUGGCUUGUGUAUCACAGCCAGCUGUUGGGGCUGAAACUAUUGUUGAAAUUGACAUUGCUGGUGAGCAAUUUUCUGCAUGUGGGAGGAUGAUAUUAGCUAAAAAUUACUUAGAUGUUUAUCGCUUUGAAUCAUGGGGAGGUUCAAUGAUCCCAACUUAUGCCCAUGGACAACAGUUCAUCCCAACAACAUUGACUCUUGAUUCAGGGGUCACUAGACCACCACCUCUUUUAAGUGAAGCUGAUUUACUAAGUUGUAUGGACAAGGCGGGCAUUGGAACAGAUGCAACGAUGCAUGAUCACAUAAAGAAGCUCCUUGAUAGGUUUUAUGCAACAAAGGAUGCAAACACACGCUUCUCACCAACUAAUCUUGGGGAGGCGCUAGUUAUGGGGUAUGAUGACAUGGGGUAUGAGUUGUGGAAGCCAAAUCUCAGAUCAAUGAUGGAAAAUGACAUGAAAGAAGUUAGUGUAGGUAAUAAAAGUAGAGUUGAAGUUUUGGCAACUUGCUUGCAACAAAUGAAGGCCUGCUUUUUAGAUGCGAGGAUGAAAAAAGCAAAACUCAUAGAAGCAAUGGGAAUUUUCUUUGAGAGAUCUGGUGGUGAUGAGCAGCGAGCAAUUGGGGAAGUUGUUCGUCGAUGUGGUAUUUGCCAAGAAUCAAAUAUGGUGCUUAGGCAAAACAAGGAUGGCAAUUUCAUGGUUGGAUGUGUGGCUUAUCCACAGUGCAGGAAUGCUGUUUGGCUCCCUGGAUCUAUAUCAGAAGCAGCUGUAACCUCUAACGCUUGCAACUCUUGCACUCCUGGUCCAGUUUACCUGAUUCUAUUCAAGUUUCGUCAGCAUGAAAUACCACCUGGCUUCAGUGCCACCCAUUUGGGCUGCAUUGGUGGUUGUGAUGAGACACUUAGACAGCUAAUAGAAAUUUGUGGAACUGGUUCACGAAUUCCAGCAAGAGGGCGAGGACCUACUGUAUCUUCUGGUAAUGUUCAACAAAGUAACACUUGGCAGCGUACUUGCAUUUACUGCCAGCAAACAGGGCAUACUUCAAGUGAUUGCCGUUCACAGUUUUCAGGCUCUCGAAACAAUCACUCUAGAGCAAUGAACAUGCAAAGUGGAGAGUCUUCUAUGCAAUGUACAACUUGUGGAACUACAUGUGUUUUGCGAACUGCUAAUACAGCAAAUAACAAGGGAAGGAGGUUCUAUUCAUGUCCAUUACUAGAGUGCAAUUUCUUCGCAUGGGAAGAUGACUUCGACAGUGGCACAAGGGGAAGGAGUAAUCCACAUGCAAACAUCAGUGGCUUAGCAUCUACUACAAGCAGGAGAGGUGGUCGUGGCAGUGGCAGUCGAAGUGUAGGACAUGCUUUAGAUAUGACUUUUGUGUCAGUUACAGGUGAUCCCAUAUCUGGUAGAAGGUGUUAUGUCUGUGGUGAUCCAUCACAUUUUGCUAACGUCUGCCCAAACCGUGGUACUUGAUGAUCAUGAAAUAGACAUCUUCAACAUCCCAUUUGCUUGUUUAAAGUUUGGUGUUGUUCUUUGCUAGAGAAAACUAGGUACAUUACCAAACCUACAGAAUCGUAAAUAAAGUAUUUAUUGGAAUGUGAUCCUGGUUUAUUAUUUGGUAAAUCUGCUUCUUA